AUGAAAAGAGAGAAAUCCGGAAAAUGGGUCGUCACUAAAUCUGUGAAAGAACAUAAUCAUCCUCUCUUGCCUAAUGGUCGCAGAAGUUCUCAGCUCUCUCAAACAAUGGACGAGAAAGACGCAAAGAUUCGGGAACUGAGUGUAGCGCUGAAUCGAGAGAGAAGGCGUUCUGCUGCAUUGCAACAGCAGCUUGAUAUGGCCCUAAAGGAAAUGGAAGAACAUUCCAACCAUCUCUCCAUUAACAUCAACAAUGUUAUCCAAAAUGUAAGAGAAAUAGAGUCCAACACAUUCACCAAACCCUUCAGCUGA